CGCAGACAUUGCAGCAGAGCCCCGAACUCGGGAGGCGGCGGCGGAGGAGGCGGAGGAGGCGCGGCGCGGCGCAGGGACGACCCGGCCCCACGCCCGCCCGCCACUCGCGCGCGCCCGUCCGCCCGUGGCCUCGCGUCCGCCGCUGCGCCGGGAGCGCCGCCGGUCGGAGGGAAGAGCUCGCCGGGGCGCCGGGCCGGGACGGGGCGGCGGGCGCCCUCGCGGACCGAGCCUGACGGAGCCGGAGGCUGGGAGCAGCGGCGGCCUCGGGAAGUGUUUGGAUUGUGAGCUAUUUCAGAACUCUGUUCUCAGGACUCAUUAUUUUAACAUUUGGGAGAAACACAGCCAGAGAUGCACACUUGACUGAAGGAGGACGGGGAAUCUGAAGACUCCAGAUGACAUCAAAGCUACUUUUCAACAGCCUUCUCAGUUUCCUUUCUCAGAAAGCAGAGGCUUAAAGCUUGGAGACAGAUGAAUACUGAUAUUUGCAUUUAAUGGGGAAUAAAAGAUGAAGAAGGAAAAAGAAUAUAUUCACUAAGGAUUAUAUCUGCUUACUGCUACAGACCUAUGUUUUAAGGAAUUCUCCUCCUUCUUGCUUAGAAGUUCAUCAGCUCUUUGGUCAGACUGCAUUUAUCUUGUCAUUGCCAGAAGAAAUCCUCAUCAGAAUGUAAGAGUAUGUCUGUCUCUCAGUGCUAUGGAAGGUGAUAAACUGAUACUCAGUUAUUAAAGUUACAUCUCACCGCAGAAAACCAUUCUUCAAAGUGAAUAGAAACCAAGCCCUUGUGAACACUUCUAUUGAACAUGACUCAUGGAGAAGAGCUUGGCUCUGAUGUGCACCAGGAUUCUAUUGUUUUAACUUACCUAGAAGGAUUACUAAUGCAUCAGGCAGCAGGGGGAUCAGGUCCUGCCGUCGACAAAAAGUCUGCUGGGCAUAAUGAAGAGGAUCAGAACUUUAACAUUUCUGGCAGUGCAUUUCCCACCUGUCAAAGUAAUUGUCCAGUUCUCAAUACACAUACAUAUCAGGGAUCUGGCAUGCUGCAUCUCAAAAAAGCCAGACUGUUGCAGUCUUCGGAGGACUGGAAUGCAGCAAAGCGGAAGAGGCUGUCUGAUUCUAUCGUAAAUUUAAACGUAAAGAAGGAAGCUUUGCUGGCUGGCAUGGUUGACAAUGUGCCUAAAGGCAAACAGGAUAGCACAUUACUGGCCUCUUUGCUUCAGUCAUUCAGCUCUAGGCUGCAGACUGUUGCUCUGUCACAACAAAUUAGGCAGAGCCUCAAGGAGCAAGGAUAUGCCCUCAGUCAUGAUUCUUUAAAAGUGGAGAAGGAUUUAAGGUGCUAUGGUGUUGCAUCAAGUCACUUAAAAACUUUGUUGAAGAAAAGUAAAGUUAAAGAUCAAAAGCCUGACACGAAUCUUCCUGAUGUGACUACAAACCUCAUCAGAGAUAGGUUUGCAGAGUCUCCUCAUCAUGUUGGACAAAGUGGAACAAAGGUCAUGAGUGAACCACUGUCAUGUGCCGCAAGAUUACAGGCUGUUGCAAGCAUGGUGGAAAAAAGGGCUAGUCCCGCCACCUCACCUAAACCUAGUGUGGCUUGCAGCCAACUGGCAUUACUUCUUUCAAGUGAAGCCCAUUUGCAGCAGUAUUCUCGAGAACAUGCUUUAAAAACACAAAAUGCAAAUCAAGCAGCAAGUGAAAGACUUGCUGCUAUGGCCAGAUUGCAAGAAAAUGGCCAGAAGGAUGGUGGCAGUUUCCAGCUCUCAAAAGGAAUGUCAAGCCAUCUUAAUGGUCAGGCAAGAACAUCAUCAAGCAAACUGAUGGCUAGCAAAAGUAAUGCUGCAACAUUUCAGAAUCCAAUGGGUAUCAUUCCUUCUUCCCCUAAAAAUGCAGGUUAUAAGAACUCACUAGAAAGAAACAGUGUAAAGCAAGCUCCUAACAAUAGUUUGCUUUUACAUCUUCUUAAAAGCCAGACUAUACCUAAGCCAAUGAAUGGACACAGUCACAGUGAGAGAGGAAGCAUUUUUGAGGAAAGUAGUACGCCUACAACUAUUGAUGAAUAUUCCGAUAACAAUCCUAGUUUUACAGAUGACAGCAGUGGGGAUGAAAGUUCUUAUUCCAACUGUGUUCCCAUAGACUUGUCUUGCAAACACCGAGUUGAAAAAUCAGAAUCUGACCAACCUGUUUCUUUGGAUAACUUUACUCAGUCCUUGCUGAACACUUGGGAUCCAAAAGUCCCAGAUGUAGAUAUCAAAGAAGAUCAAGAUACCUCAAGGAAUUCUAAGCUAAACUCACAUCAGAAGGUAACACUUCUUCAAUUGCUACUUGGCCAUAAGAAUGAAGAAAAUGUAGAAAAAAGCGCCAGCCCUCAGGGAGUACACAAUGAUGUGACCAAGUUCAAUACACAAAAUUAUUCAAGGACUUCUGUGAUAGAAAGCCCCAGUACAAAUCGGACUACUCCAGUGAGCACUCCACCAUUACUUACAUCAACCAAAGCAGAGUCUCCUAUCAAUCUCUCUCAACACUCUCUGGUUAUCAAAUGGAAUUCCCCACCAUAUGCCUGCAGUGCUCAGUCUGAAAAGCUAACAAAUACUGCAUCUAACCACUCAGUGGACUUUACAAAAAGCAAAGAGCCGCCAGGAGAGAAGCCAGCCCACAGUGAAGGUGCACAAAACUCUGCAACUUUUAGUGCCAGUAAGCUGUUACAGAAUUUAGCACAAUGUGGAAUGCAGUCUUCCGUGUCAGUGGAAGAGCAGAGAUCUAGCAAACAGCUGUUAACUGUAAACACAGACAAACCGAUGGGUAUGAUUGAUAGAUUAAAUAGCCCUUUGCUCUCAAGUAAAACAAAUGUGGUUGAAGAAAAUAAAGCAUUUACUAGUCAACCAACAGUUCCAGAACCAGGACUUUCUGGUUCUGAAAUAGAAAAUCUGCUUGAAAGACGUACUGUCCUCCAGUUGCUCCUGGGAAACCCCAACAAAGGUAAGAGUGAAAAGAAAGAGAAAACUCCCUUAAGAGAUGAAAAUACUCAGGAACACUCAGAGAGAGCUUUAAGUGAACAAAUAUUGAUGGUGAAAAUAAAGUCUGAGCCUUGUGAUGACUUACAAAUUCCUCAUACAAAUGUGCACUUGAGCCAUGAUACUAAGAGUGUGCCAUUCUUGGGUAUGGCUCCUGCUUUGCAAAGAAGCGCACCUGCCUUACCAGUGUCCGAGGACUUUAAAUCGGAGCCUGUUUCACCUCAGGAUUUUUCUUUCUCAAAGAAUGGUCUGUUAAGUCGAUUGCUAAGACAAAAUCAAGAUAGUUACCUGGCCGAUGAUUCAGACAAGAGUCACAGAAAUAAUGAAAUGGCACUUCUAGAAUCAAGGAAUCUUUGCAUGGUCCCUAAGAAAAGGAAGCUUUAUACUGAGCCAUUAGAAAACCCAUUUAAAAAGAUGAAAAACAACACUGUUGAUGCUGCAAACAAUCACAGUGCCCCAGAAGUACUGUAUGGGUCCUUGCUUAACCAGGAAGAGCUGAAAUUGAGCAGAAAUGAUCUUGAAUUUAAAUAUCCUGCUGGUCACAGCUCAGCCAGCGAAAGUGAACAAAGGAGUUGGGCCAGAGAGAGCAAAAGCUUCAAUGUUCUGAAACAGCUGCUUCUCUCAGAAAACUGUGUGCGAGAUCUGUCCCCGCACAGAAGUAACUCUGUCACCGACAGUAAAAAGAAAGGACACAAAAAUAAUGUGACCAACAGCAAACCUGAAUUUAGCAUUUCUUCUUUAAAUGGACUGAUGUACGGUUCCACUCGGCCCAACAGUUGCAUGGAUAACAGGACAUUUUCAUACCCAGGAGUAGUAAGAACUCCUGUGAGUCCUACUUUCCCUGAGCACUUGGGCUGUGCAGGGUCUAGACCAGAAUCUGGGCUUUUGAAUGGAUGUUCCAUGCCCAGUGAGAAAGGACCCAUUAAGUGGGUUAUCACUGAUGUGGAGAAGAAUGAGUAUGAAAAAGAUUCUCCAAGACUGACCAAAACCAACCCAAUACUAUAUUACAUGCUCCAGAAAGGAGGCAAUUCUGUUACCAGUCGAGAAACACAAGACAAGGACAUUUGGAGGGAGCCUUCAUCUGCUGAAAGUGUCUCACAGGUCACAAUCAAAGAAGAGUUACUUCCUACUGCAGAAACGAAAGCUUCUUUCUUUAAUUUAAGAAGCCCUUACAAUAGCCAUAUGGGAAAUAAUGCUUCUCGCCCACACAGCGCGAAUGGAGAAGUUUAUGGACUUCUGGGAAACGUGCUAACAAUAAAAAAAGAAUCAGAAUAAAAUGUACCUGCCAUCCAGUUUUGGAUCUUUUUAAACUAAUGAGUAUGAACUUGAGAUCUGUAUAAAUAAGAGCAUGAUUUGAGAAAAGCAUGGUAUAAUUGAAACUUUUUCAUUUUGAAAAGUAUUGGUUACUGGUGAUGUUUAAAUAUGCAUACUAACUUUUGCUUAACAUUAGAUGUCAUGAGGAAACUACUGAACUAGCAAUUGGUUGUUUAACACUUCUGUAUGCAUCAGGUAACAACUGUGAGUAGCCUAUGAAUGAAAUUCUUUUAUAAACAUAAAUAAUAGGCAUAAAUUAAAAUGUAAAAUUCCAUUCAUAGUGGAUUAAUGCAUUUUGCUGCCUUUAUUAGGGUACUUUAUUUUGCUUUUCAGAAGUCAGCCUACAUAACACAUUUUUUUAAAGUCCAAACUGUUAAACAAGUCUUUAAAGGAUAAUUAUCCAAUAAAAAAAAAAAAACUAGUGCUGAUUCACAGCUUAUUAUCCAAUUCAAAAGUAAAUUAGAAAAAUAUAUGAUUACAUUUUUCACUUUUGCUAAAAAAAAAAAAAAAAGUGUUUAUUUUUAUCUCUUGGAAGAGCUUUUCUGGUUCCCAAUGUCUCUGUCCCACCCUGGUCCUUUUCAAUAUAUAUUUCUUUAAACCUUGUACUACUUAAUAAAAAUUGAUUACAAUUGAGGGAAGUUUGAUAGAUCCUUUAAAAAAGGCAGAUUUCCAUUUUUUGUAUUCUAACUACUUUACUAAAACUCCUCCUUUUACAGAAUUAGAAAAGUUAACAUUUAUCUCUAGGUGGUUUCCUGAAUAGUUCAAUAUUUAAGAAAUUGUUUUUAACAGAAGCAAAAAUGGCUUUUCUUUGGACAGUUUUCACCAUCUCUUGUAAAAGUUAAUUCUCACCAUUCCAGUGGUACCUGCAAGUCUUAUGACCAGGAUUCCUUAAAGCUGAACUCAGACCACUUGCAUUAGAACCAUCUGGAGCACUUGUUUUAAAAUGCAGAUUCAUAGGCAGCAUCUCAGAUCUACAGAACAAGAAUCUCUGCUAAGUGGACCUGGAAUCUUCCAUCUGCAUCUUAACAUGCUCCCUAGGUGUGUCUUCUGCACCUUGAUGUUUGAGAGCCUUGGCUGAUAACUUUCCUCAGAACAUGAGACUGUAAAACAAAAACAAAAAAACUAUCUGAUGCCUCUAUUUUCCCCAAUACAGUGACACAUCAGCUCAAAAUCUGCAAUAUUGUAGUUCAUAUAUUACCGUUAUGUCUUUGGAAAUCGGAUUCAGAACACUUUUUAUGACAAAAAAAAAAUGGGUGGAGGGGACAACUUUCAUAUCUGGCUCAACAUCUCAGGAAAAUCUGUGAUUAUUUAUGUGUUCUAAUGAGUAACAUCUACUUAGCCUUAGGGAUGGAAAAACAGGGCCACUUACCAAACUCAGGUGAUUCCAGGAUGGUUUGGAAACUUCUCCUGAAUACAUCCUUAACCUUUAUUAAAACCAUUGUCCUAAGAACAAUGCUUACAAAGGUUACAACAUUUAGUUCAAACCCAACAAAGGCACUAAACUCAGAAUGACUAAACAAAAAGUACAAAGGGCACAUAUUCAUGACAGAAUUGUACACAAUCACUCCAUUGGACGUAUUAUUUUAAAAUAGUGAUGAAAAAUAAAUGUUGAUACUGUCUUAGAAGAACUUAAUGUAUUAUUGAAGCCACAUGGGCUUUAAAGUUUGAAACAAGUCUCUUUUUAUGUUCAGUUUGUACAAUUCACAAUUCAUUCACCAGAUAUUUUAUUUUUAAUUGUGAACCAGGUUAGCAAAUGACCUCUCAAAAAUUAUUCUAUAAUCACUAUUAGUUAGAAGGAAAUUGAUUUAAAAUUGUUCUACUUGAAGUGGUUUCUAAGAUUUUUAUAUUAAAAUUGGGUGUGAUUUCCUAUUAUGAUCUAAAACCCUAAAUGGUUAUUUUUCCUCAGAAUGAUUUGUAAAUAGCUACUGGAAAUAUACAGUAAUAAGAGUGAGUAUUAUGCAACAUCAUGGAGAAGUGAAGGAGGCAUAGGCUUAUUCUGACAUAAAAUUUCACUGGCCAGUUGAAUACAUUCUACUCCAUGUCCAUAGUGUGACAAUCUUACUGUCAAACACUAUAUAAAUAAGCUUUUAAGCAAGUCAUUUUUCUUGAUCAUUGUGAAAAGGCUGGAGCCUUAGAGGUAUGUCAGAAAAAUAUGUUGGUAUUCUCCCUUGGGUAGGGGAAACUGGCCUUUUUACAAGAGAGUGAAAUUUAGGUCAGAGAAAAGACCAUUAAGGGCCAGCAUUGCUAUUUUUUCUUGUUGUGAAUUUUGUUUUGUUUUUUUUUGGUUGGUUGGUUGGUUGUUUUCAUUGUUGUUAACAAUUAAAGGAAUGAGAAUAUGUAAUACUUAAGUAAAUAUGACCACAAAGAAUGCUGUUCUGAUUUACUAGAGAAUGUCCCCAAUGUGAAUUUAGGGUGAUUUAAAGAACAGUGAGAAAGGGCAUACAUCCACAGAUUCACUUUGUUUAUGCAUAUGUAGAUAAAAGGAUGCACAUAUACACAUUUUCAAGGACUAUUUUAGAUAUCUAGACAAUUUCUUCUAAUAAAGUCGUUUGUGAAAGGGUACUACAGCUCUCAUUGACAUCAGUAAGGUAGCAUUCAUUACCUGUUUAUUCUCUGCUGCAUCUUACAGAAGAGUAAACUGGUGAGAGUAUAUAUUUUAUAUAUAUAUAUAUAUAUAUAUAUAUAUAAUAUGUAUAUAUAUAUAUUGACUUGUUACAUGAAGAUGUUAAAAUCAGUUUUUAAAGGUGAUGUAAAUAGUGAUUUCCUUAAUGAAAAAUACAUAUUUUGUAUUGUUCUAAUGCAACAGAAAAGCCUUUUAAUCUCUUUGGUUCCUGUAUAUUCCAUGUAUAAGUGUAAAUAUAAUCAGACAGGUUUAAAAGUUGUGCAUGUAUGUAUACAGUUGCAAGUCUGGACAAAUGUAUAGAAUAAACCUUUUAUUUAAGUUGUGAUUACCUGCUGCAUGAAAAGUGCAUGGGGGACCCUGUGCAUCUGUGCAUUUGGCAAAAUGUCUUAACAAAUCAGAUCAGAUGUUCAUCCCUACAUGACAGUAUUCCAUUUCUGGACAUGACGUCUGUGGUUUAAGCUUUGUGAAAGAAUGUGCUUUGAAUCCAAGGGUCUUAAACAAUUUUUUUAAAUCAAGUCAACCACUUUUAAACAUAAAGAAUUCACGCAACACUUUCAUGAAUUUUUUAAUCCCAUUACAAACAUUAUUCCAAGAGUAUCCUGGUAUUAGCAAUACUGGAAUACAGGCACAUUACCAUUCAUAGUAAGAAUUCUGGUGUUUACACAGCCAAGUUUGAUGCGAUCUGCUCAAUAAUAUAAUGUCAUUUUUAUUAGAAAUUUAAUUCUUCAUGUGAUGUCAUGAAACUGUACAUACUGCAGUGUGAAUUUUUUUGUUUUGUUUUUUAAUCUUUUAGUGUUUACUUCCUGCAGUGAAUUUGAAUAAACGAGGAAAAAAAUGCAUUGUC